AUGUAUCGGGCAACACCACGGACGUUACAAACGACACACUCCAUCAUCCGCAACACAAUCAGCCGUUCCUCCCACGCCCACUCCCACUCCCGCUCCCGCUCCCUCUCCUUCUUCGCCCAUCCGACCCCUCAUGCUUCUUCUUCGCUGAGAUCGUCGUCGGCGCCGUCGUCCAUGUACCUCCGUCGUCUGCCUGCCGCCGUCGCCGGAAGCCUCGCCGUCGGCUACGGAGCCUGGUACCUGGGAGCAGGAGGCGCCAUCAACCCGCUGGCGUACCUGACCCCCUCGACGCGGAGCUACAGCGUGCCCCCCACCGGCGGUGCCACCGGAGCUUCUUCCUCCGCCCUUCCUACCAGGACCGUUCUCGUUGUGGGAGCAGACGAGCUGCGGCAGGGUACCGUCGUCGGGGAGGGCCCCAUAUCCAAGGUCGUCGGCGGAGCGGGCGACGACGCGAACCGUAAGAUUGUCGAGAUGCUCACGCCCGAGCAGGCCACGCAGAAGCUCCGCAAGCUGGAGCAGUCGUACCUCGUCAGCAGGGGUGAAGGCGUCAUCCGGUACGAUCUGGUCCAGCUGCCCAGUAACGACCCCAUCGAGGACGAUCACGCCGAGAAGAUUGUACAGGUUCCCGGGAGGUCGGCAGGGAAUGCCGAUAACGACUGGAUGUUUUGGGGCGUGUUUGACGGCCACUCGUAUGUUCCAUCCUCCCACUCUCUGCUUCGCUCUGCUCUUCUGCCAUGCUUUUUUCCCACUCUUCACUUCACUCCACUUCCUGCUGUCGGCUCCAUAUAUACUAAUAGUCUCUUCAUCGACAGCGGCUGGACAACGUCCGCUACCCUCCGUGAGAACCUCAUCAACUACGUCGCAACCGAACUAAACGAGACGCACAAAGCGGCUGCCAAGGACGGCGCCCCCACCCCGGACGCCAUCGACCUAGCCAUCAAGACCGGCUUCGGCCGCCUGGACGACGAGAUUGUCCACAAGAGCGUCGAGAAGGUCAUCAAGUCCAGCUCCAAGAACGUCGCGGCGGAGCUCCUGCAGCCGGCGCUAUCCGGCUCCUGCGCCCUGCUGUCCUUUUACGACUGUCGUACCAACCUCCUCCGCGUGGCGUGCACCGGUGACUCGCGUGCCGUCCUGGGACGUCGCUCCAAGUCCGGAUCGGGCAAGUGGACUGCCUCCCCGCUGUCAGAUGACCAGACGGGUUCCAACCCGCGCGAGGCGGACCGCAUGCGUCGCGAGCACCCGGGCGAGGAGGCCCACGUUGUGCGCAACGGCCGCGUCCUCGGCGGCCUGGAGCCCACCCGCGCCUUCGGCGACGCAGUCUACAAGUGGUCGCGCGCCACGGCUAACCAGCUCCGCGAGAAGUUCUUUGGCCGCACCCCGUCCCCCCUGCUCAAGACCCCACCCUACGUGACGGCCGAGCCGGUCAUCACCACCACAAAGGUCAACCCGCAGGACGGCGACUUCCUCGUCCUGGCGACGGACGGUCUCUGGGAGAUGCUCACGAAUGAAGAGGUCGUCGGCCUGGUGGGCCAGUGGAUCGACAGCCAAAAGGCGGCCUCCGGUUCUUCUUCCGGCUCCACCCUCGAGUCGGCAUGGUCCAAGUUCUUCGGUUCCGCGCAGAAGCCGCUCCCCGUCGAGGACAGAGACGCCGCUGCCGCGUCUGGUGCGUCGGGAUCCAACGGCCAGAAAACCCCCAUCCGUCUUCAGCAGUGGGGUAUCGAUCCCAACGCCAAGGACCGCUUCGUCGUCAAGGACAAGAAUGUGGCUACUCAUCUUGUUCGCAAUGCCCUGGGUGGCACUAAUGAUGAGCAGGUCUCUGCUCUACUUACACUUCCUGCCCCCUUCUCCAGGAGGUAUCGCGACGACCUAACUGUCCAAGUCAUCUUCUUUGGCAACGGCGCCAAGACAGGCGAUGUGGUGCUCAACCCCGAGGCCAGUGCCGACCAGACGCCCAAGGCUAAACUGUAG